UUCCUUUCCAUGUUACAUUGCGUUUGGAUCUGACAUCUGAAAUCUCCCCCCAUAAAAAUUAAAUCCCACAACACUCCACAAAACUCUAUCUCUCUCUCUCUCUGAUAAAUGGGUUUUCUCAGUGAAACUCAACACUGGCUCUGCCAAAUCCCACCAUGGCUUUCUUCUUCCCCAGAGCCUUCUCACUCUCUCCAACAAUAAAACAGUCACCACCUCUUUACCCUUCCCUUUACUCAAAGAGCUAUCUAUAAAAAAGAGUUGAAUCCAACUCUUAAGUCUUACCACAAGAGGUACAAAAAAAAUACUAUAUGUUACAUUUCUAAGACCAAACCCAGUUCCUCGGGAUUUUCAACUAUUUACCUUCGAUUAAGACACUUUGUUUUUGUCAGUUAUAGAAAUCCUGAUCUGGGUUUUUUAUGGGACAACCUUAUAGUUGUUGUCACUCUACAAUUCCUCACUCUUCUAGUUUUAGUAAGACUAGAAUUCUGUUUCACUCUAUGGCUAGCAAAACAGACUUGACAUAAACAUAAUUGGUGUAGCUCUGUAACAUACAUACAUACAUAUAUAUAUUUUUUUUGUGUGAAAAUUUAAGCUUUGCAAGAACUCGGAGAAGAUGAUAUCUACGGGUUUAAACUUGGUGAUGACUGUGAUAGGCUUCUCAGUGAGCACUAUGUUCAUCGUGUUUGUGUGCACGCGCCUUGUCUGUGCUCGGAUUCACUUCAAUGCUUCAAGGCGCUCCUUUCCUGUGGCUUCCAGAUCCGAUCUUGGUCUUCUGGAGCGAGGUUUACAUGGUCUUGAACCUGUAGUUGUAGCCAAAUUUCCAACAAAGAAGUACAGUGAUGAAUAUUUCUCAACUUCAGAAGAUGCUCAAUGCACAGUUUGCCUUGCAGAAUUCCAUGGCGAAGAUAUAUUGCGUAUCCUCCCCUACUGUGGGCACUCCUUCCAUGUCACCUGCAUAGACAUAUGGCUGCAGCAACAUUCGACAUGUCCUGUUUGUCGAAUUUCAUUGCGUGAGUUACCUGAGAGAAAACGCUUAAUGCAACCCUUGUUCAGUUCAGCUGUUCGAUCUCAUUACAGUGUGGAGUCCUUCAAUGGCCGUUCUUAUCCCUGUCUAGCUGCUGGGAAUGGGUUUCCACGACGAACCCAUGGCAAUCGUGAGAGGGGCCCAACUCAAGAGGGUCAGUUUUCACCAGAGGGUGAUAGAGCAGAAGCUGGGGAGAAUGUCUCCCCAUUAACUGAAGGUAACCAGAUCAUCAAGGGUUCGGAAACCAAACAUGUAGAAAGCCCAUCAAAUCCUUAAAUUAGUCAAUUUCUUGGAAUCCAAGCUUGCAUUCAUCAGGACUUGAGAUAAUUGGGAGUUGAAAUGGGUAUGUCCAAAGAAUUAGAGAAUUGAAUCCAUUGGAACUGUGACCUAGGAACUUGAUUGUUUUUUUUUUUUCCUUGUGGCUUACUGUAUAUAUUGCAACAAUGAUUUGUUUUACCCCCCCUCAUUUCUUCCCUUUGACAGUGGCUAGCAUUGGCAGUUUUGUAAUUUCAGUUGUAUAACUAGUAGUCUAGAAUUAGUUCAAGAUUGUUGGAGGUGGUAAUUUCUUCACUUUGUCACGUGCAUGCACCAUUGCACCCCUACUCUUUGAAAGCACAUGUUCCAUCUUUUCUCUUUUGGGGUCAGAUUUCAGCUAGUUCUUCUAUGACCACAUUUUGUCACAAUUUUUGUCUUAA